UAACGCAGGCUCGCGGUGGGCAGUGACGCAGGGUCUCAGACUUUCCUCGCAAUUCAUCGAAAAUACUCGCUUCGCUCGGCGGAACGGAUUCAUAGUAUUUCCCUUUCAAUCUUCACGACGCUGGAAGUCAAAACCGGGUCAAACCCAUGUGAUUUCGUUUGUUCAGACCAGACGCACCCUCCUCUUUCAUGUGGAUAUUGAUGCGGUAGAGAACAGAUAAAGAUGCCGCAGCCGAAAUCGCGAAAGAUCGCCGUCCUGGGCUACAGAUCCGUCGGGAAAUCCUCCUUGACAAUACAGUUUGUGGAAGGCCAGUUUGUCGACUCCUAUGACCCCACGAUUGAAAACACAUUUACGAAAAUGAUCACGGUGAACGGUCAGGAGUAUCACCUGCAGCUGGUGGACACAGCAGGACAGGACGAAUACUCUAUUUUCCCGCAGACGUACUCUAUAGAUAUCAACGGCUACAUUCUGGUGUAUUCAGUCACGUCAAAUAAAAGUUUUGAAGUAGUACAAGUUAUCCAUGAAAAGUUGCUGGAUAUGGUGGGAAAAGUACAAGUACCCAUAAUGCUGGUGGGCAAUAAGAAAGACCUUCACAUGGAACGUGUGAUCAGCUGUGAAGAGGGCAAAGCUUUGGCAGAAUCCUGGAACGCAGCGUUCAUGGAGUCCUCGGCCAAAGAGAAUCAGACGGCUGUGGAGGUGUUUAAGAGGAUAAUCCUGGAGGCGGAGAAGAUCGACGGUGACGCUCCUCAGGGCCGGACAUCCUGCUCCAUGAUGUAGAUAACCCCGCCCUUCCCUGUCAUGACCCCGCCCCUGGCCCCGCCCCUCUCCCACAGUCUGCCCCGCCCACCGGAGAACCAGCACAAACUUUCCUAGCAAGCAUGUUUGUGUGUUUGAGGCUGGCGUUUGGGCUUGGCUUGUGUUUCUGCUCCAGUUCUAGGGUUCCCAGAUAUGAACAGGGUUCGAGACGUUGAUCUUGAGAUGUUUCUAGAAAAGUGUGUUUCCAGCUCCUCCUGCAGCACUGGACACUGGGAAACACAUCCCUCUACUUGAAGUGGCUAACUGCCUGUUUCCUGCAUAGACAUGUCCGCUUUUUCUUUUAAACUGGUUUUAUACUUCACCUGACUUUACGUUUUUUAGAUGUGUGGUAUUUUUCUUUAAUUUAUUCUUUUGUGAGACCGAGUCUGUCCGUGGCAUUCCUGAAUAACACACAGCCUUACGUUUGCGUCUCGCUCUUCUCUACCUCUCAUCCUUCGCUCUGUUCCCCGAAUAUUUAUAAAUCGUGUUUCUUAAACUUAAUUAUGGCCAAUAAAGCCGGCAGCAUUCAUUCAGAAGUGAAUGUUGUUGGACUUUUUUUGAUUGUAAUCAUUAAACGCAGCAUUUUGUUUCACUA